AUGUUCGGGGACGAGCUGAAGACUCUGCGUCGACUGGGCUUCCGUCAUGUCCUCCUUCAGAUCCUCAACUUUGCAUCGGUUCUUGCGUCGGGACUCAUGAUUUGGAAAGGCUUGGGACUCGUCACGAACACCGAAUCUCCUAUCGUGGUUGUGCUCAGUGGAUCUAUGGAGCCCGCAUUCUACCGCGGCGAUCUCUUAUUCCUCACGAACCCCGCAAAUCAGCGGUAUCAGACGGGCGAUAUCACGGUGUACAAGGUUCCUGGGGCUGAUAUACCCAUUGUUCAUCGCGUCCUAGAAACGCAUGACGUUGUCUCGAGAAAGAAGGGCUACGUGGCUGCUAGUCCUCUUGCUCGAGACCAGCUGUUACUCACGAAGGGCGAUAAUAACAAUGUUGAUGAUCUUGAACUGUACCAGGGCUUGGAGUGGCUAGAGAGGGACCAUAUAGUGGGGAAAGUCCGCGGCUUUCUACCAUACGUCGGUUAUGUGACGAUAGCUAUGAACGACUUCCCCCAGCUGAAAUAUGCUCUAUUGGGAGGCCUUGGGUUAUUGGCGCUAAUUCAACGGGAAUAA